GAGACAAUUUAAGGUAAUGCGAGCUGUUCAGCAGAUUAUGGGAGGAGUUACUGUGUGCACACCUUUGGCAGAGUAGUUUAAUAACAGUAAUUAAGUUUCCAUUCCAUUCUUUGGGUGGGGUCGAACUGUCGAGAGGGAGACCAGUGACGGACUCCUCUCACUCACUUCACAGCUGGAAGACAAACAUUGAUCUACAUAUAAAUGUAGAUAUCUUUAUAUUUACACUUUACAGUUGCUGUUCUUGAUCAUGGAUGAUUUUGUUCGGAACAAAUUAACUGAGUGGGGUCUCAGCGAGUUGAUAGACAAAUUUAAAGAUGAGGGCAUUGACACAGAAAGUUUCCACGAACUCGGUAAUCGAGAAAUCGCUGUUUUGAUCCCAAAAGUGGGACCAAGCACAAAAUUCAAAAAGUACCUCCGGUUGUUGAAGAAACAAAAGACAACAGAUCCAGAAACAGUUGACUACUUUGCUCAAUCAAAUAUUCCUGUUCAUCCACAGGUUUCUGCAUCCACCAGUGGCACAAGUGAUAAAGAAGGAAUCAUACUGUCUGAUGUGAAAGACAUCAUGAGAUGUGUCCAGAAAAAACUGCCUAACCAAGACAACAAGCUCAACAACUUCCUCAAGCAAAGCAUCCAUGAUUUGGAGACAGACAAGAGGGAGCUGGUUGGUGUCUUUGGUAAAACCGGGGCUGGGAAGAGCUCUUUGAUUAAUGCAAUCAUUGGAGAGAAGAAUCUCUUGCCAUCUGGAAAUAUUAGUGCAUGUACUACAGUCAUGAUUAAAGUCGAGGCUAACAGGCAGAACAUGAAGUACGAGGGACACAUUGAGUUCAUCACAAAAGAGGAGUGGAAAGAUGAGUUGUGGACCUUGUUGAAUUUCCUCGAGGACAACGCGGAUCAGGAGAAUGACGAGGAUUAUUGUGACACCGUUGAAAAGCUGUCAGCUCUGUAUGGAGAGGAAUGGAAGAACAAAUCUGCUGAAAAUCUCAUGGAAUACAAACAUUUCAAAGAAAUCCCAGAAUUUCUCCAUUCCCAGAGGAAGAUUUUGACAUGUGAAUCAGCUAAAGAGCUCUCUGCAAAAUUGGUCAAAUACACAAGAAGUGACUCAAAAGACGGAGAACCUAAAGGAGUUAAGAGGUGGUACUGGCCACUGGUGAAGUGUGUGACUGUGAGGGUGCCAGAUAAUGAUUUUCUCCAGCAUGUCACACUUGCGGAUCUUCCUGGAAAUGGGGACUGUAACAAGAGUAGAGACAAGAUGUGGAAAGGGGUUGUUGGAAGUUGCUCUACUGUGUGGGUCGUGGCAGAACUUAAUCGAGCAGCAGCAGAGAAAGAAUCCUGGGAGAUCCUGGAAAGUGCCAGCAGCCUCAUGGGAAAUGGUGGCGAGUGUCAGCGCAUUCACUUUAUCUGCACCAAGUCAGAGCAGUCAGCAGCCGGUGAUCGUGAGAAAGCCAAGCAACAAAAACAUUUUAGUGAUGAAUGUUUCCAAGUGUUCACAGUGAGCGCCAAAAAGUUUCUUGGGAAAAAAAACCCCCAUCCAGACGCAGAUGACACUGAGAUACCCAAACUUGUAAAAGUUCUGCAAGAUCUCAACGACUGUCACUCAGAGACAUUAAACUAUGUGUCUGGAGCUCGUGGGAUUCUCUCUCUGAUUCAAGGGGCCAGCUGUAGACAAGAGGAUGACAAGACAGAUGUGUGCACAGAACUUGAAGAAAAGAUGAAGAAUGAACUUUAUAAUGUCAGAAAAUCCAUGGAAGAGACUUAUCGGUCUUUUGAAAGAUGCAUCAGUGAGGGUGUCGAAAACUCCAAAAGUUCAUGGGAAAGAAACUUAAAGUCGGUCUUACAUCCUCAUAAGGGCAAGGAUAAAGGUUUUCACAGGACACUGAAGUCUGUAGUUCAUAACGGCGGCAUACACAAGCCAAGAGGAAAGAAAGAAAUCAACCUGAACAUGAAGUUGGCUUCAUGUCUGACUGACAGCAUUGAUGAGGAAUUCAAGAAGACCUUCCCAAAUGAAGGAAAAAGUGAACCAUUUAAUGGGCUCAUCAACAAGUUUUCACUUGGCACAAAGAGGAUGAUAAUGCAAAAGGGGCAAAAGUUCCAAGAUGUUGAACUGCAACUCACAUUUCUGAGCACAGAGGAAGAAAUAAUUAAGACAAAACUGAACAAACUCAUCCGGGAGCGCAAGAAAAUAAUCUACAGCAGUCUGAUGACGACAAUCGAGGAAGACAUGAAAGAAUGCUAUCAAAGAGCAGAAGCAUUUACAGGAACCGGCUCACUGGACAAUAUGAGAAGAACUAUUAAGGAACAUGUACAUAAUUCAGGAAACAUCAUGUUUGAGAAGGCGAAAAAUGCAAUGUUGUUACAGCUGGUCGACCUGAUGGUGGUGAUCCUGGAGAAACUGAAGAAAACAAUGCAGGAAGCAAUCGAGCUGUCACUCAAAACAGAUGGUGACUCGAUCCCAGAUGUACAAGCGGAGCUUGAGCUGGUGAAGACGUACUACAUUAAACUGAUUAUUUAA